AUGGGAGCCAACAUCAUCAUCAAUUCGGGGGAGUUGUUUCGCUUUUGUAGCAGCAACAACGCGACGAUUCGGACGAGGAGAAAGAAAGAGAAAAAGAGAGGAAGAUUCGAGCGAGUUAUCGUCGCGCGAGCGGGGAUUCGACACCCUUCCGAGUUACAACCGACCAAUCGGCGGGUGAAACUGAUCGAUUUGAGCGACGAACUCGUCCCGUACGACACCGGGUGGCGAAUGCAAAAAGACUUGCUCCAAAAACAGUUCGACAUCGAAACCGCGUUUACGACGUCGAAUUACGGAGACAGCGAGGAGGAUCACAUCGAGAAGAUUUUAUUCGAACACGACGCGUUGAUUUUGUUGCAACACGAAAAAGUCAUCACGUUAGGUACCGGGAGCACGACGGAUAACUUGAAGUUUGACGCGGAGGAACCGCCGAAGGACCUCGGGUUUGAAGUGCGCCGAUGCGAACGCGGCGGAGAAGUCACCGUACAUUUACCCGGACAGUUGGUUUUAUAUCCGAUAUUAAAACUAGACGAACGCAAAGGCUCGAGUUUUAAGCCCGAUUUACACGAGUACAUGCGGAAUUUAGAAGAAGUCGCUCUUCUCGUCGCCAAAUCCUUCGGCGUUGAAAAAGGACAUCGCGAAGACGGUUUCACCGGAGCGUGGGCGAACGGCUCAAAGUUUGCUCAAGUCGGCGUCCGCGCGAGACGAUGGGUCACCUACCACGGUUUAGCCAUCAACGUCGACUGCAAUUUGUGCGACUUCACGAAACACGUCGUACCGUGCGGUAUUGGCGACAGACCGGUAGGAAGCAUCCGAGAGAGACUGCGCUCGCAACAAAAACGAACGGUUGGACGAAACGGAAACGAAGACGAACCGCCAAUACUAAUCGACGAGAAUGACGAUAAAAAAGUCUCCGUGUCAAUCGCCGCAGAUCGUGCGCUCGACGCGUUUGAAAAGGUUUUCGACGUAUCUCUCGUCAGAUGA